AUGUGGAGCGAUGGGCGGCACGCGGCACUGAGACAGAUGACCGACGACGCCAGUACUUGGCCCGUGGACGAUUUACAGGAGGCCCCUAUAAUGACUUUGCCAAGCUAUACACCCAGAAAGACCGCAAAGGAAGAGCAGAAGAAGGUCGCUAAAGGGGAGUAUGGGUCGUCCAAGAUGGUAAGAGGCAUAUUCCAUGGUGGACACAGUGAGGGGCAUCGGGAUAAUCUCCGGGCUAAAUUGGACUCGGGCCAUGGCGGCGAUCGGUUCGAGCCUCUCUUGGCUCUUCAGCUCACUUCGGUUGCCAUUCGUGAUGCCCUACGUUUUACACUCAUAGCCACUCCUUGCUAUCAGGUCCAUUGGAUACGUUAUGCUGGCCGAUGGGCUCCUCGCGUGAUGCAUAGUAGGGAGGUAGAACUGAUGGAGAUGCUCGCGGAAGGUAUAGGGGACCAGAAGGACUACGGGUACGCCUUGGAGGUUGCUUGCCGGGAAGGCCAUCGUGACGGCAUCAUCUUCUUCCUGAGCACGCCUGGUAUGGCCGACUUACUGCGACCGUUCAUGGUCAAGUGCACAGUGUGCGCGGCUGAGGCAUCCAAUGACAACUGCUUCGGUCUCAUGCUGGACCAGCUCACUUCGUCGGAGCUUUCCGAGUUGGCUGAGUCCCAUCCUAAUCUGUACCGCUCUACUGAGCGUCGACGAAGUUCAGUACCGAUAGCGAGGCGGAGGAGGCGGAGCUCCUUGGCGAUCACCCAAGGUGGAGGCCGAGGGUCGGAGCACAGCAAGCUGCUGAGAUUAGCGCGACGGAAAGCUGGGAACGUCGUUCGAGCCUGGCGACUUUAUUUCGACCCGCGGAGUUCCAAUGGGAAACUCGAUUUUGAUACUUUUGUGGUGGCCUGCAAAGAGGCGAACGUCAUUGGAGACUAUGCUAGGGCGUUUCUCGAGGCCCAGGGGAUAGAGCCUCCUCGAGAACAGACGUACCUCCAUCCGAACGGCUGCGUUACUUUUUAUGACUUAUUUGACCACAACCUAGAGGGAACGGCGUUGCGUCCCAGCGAGAUCCUGAUGGCAUUCCGUAGUGCCUUGAACAACGCUGUAAGGAAUUUGGGCCGAGUGAAGGGAUCGAACCCGGCUGAAAGGUGGACAGCACUGUUUGAGACAACGAGCCAUGGCAGGAGGAUACCGAGGGACCACUUCACGCAGGUUUGCGAGAAACGACGGCUGAUGCCGCCCGAGACAGAUCUGAACACGCUCUUUGACUGGCUCGAUGUCGAUCGCGAUGAUCACUUGCUUGAGUCAGACUUCGAGUGGCUUCAUCACAACUUCAAAUUGGUGCAUCAGUGACCCUCUAAGUAGCGGGUGGAGCAUGACACGC